ACACAACCCAAAUCUCUCGUGAAAAGAAAUACCAUUUUUUUUUUUUUGAUCGGUUGAACAGAAAUACCAUUUUCAUCGCUUCAAACUAGAAACAGGCCACACCUAAAUUUAUAGGAUCGCGUUGAAGUUAUCGGAAAGAAAUGGCGGGGAAUUUCGACAAGGUUGAUCUGAAUUUUAAAGCGACAGAGUUAAGAUUAGGUUUACCAGGUACAGAUGAAGAAGGGUCAUCUGAAAAACAACAACCACAAACACCAAGAAACAACAAAAGAGGGAUAGCUGAUUUAGGAAAUGAAAAUCCGUGCGGUGGAUCCAAUAAUAAUUCUAGCGUGUCAGAUUCUGGUGACCGUGAAGUUGCUCCUGCAGCAAAACAACAAGUUGUAGGAUGGCCACCAGUGAGAUCAUACAGGAAAAACAAUUUGCAAACGACGAAGAAAACAGAAGUAGAAGCACCAGGAAUGUAUGUGAAAGUUAGUAUGGAUGGAGCACCUUAUUUAAGGAAGAUUGAUUUGAAAAUUUAUAAAGGGUAUCCAGAACUGCUGAAAGCUUUAGAAAAUAUGUUCAAAUUUAGUAUUGGGAAAUAUUCAGAAAGAGAAGGUUAUAAUGGUUCUGAACAUGCUCCUACUUAUGAAGAUAAAGAUGGCGACUGGAUGCUUGUUGGUGAUGUUCCAUGGGAUAUGUUCAUUUCUUCUUGCAAAAGAUUAAGAAUUAUGAAAGGGUCUGAAGCUAGAGGCUUGGGAUGUGGUGUUUAAAACAUAAGCAGCCAUAUACCAAAAUGUUAGUUUCAGAAAGAGAGAUCUACUAUUAACAAGAGGAUCAAUUUUUUUUUUGAAGCUUGGGCUGACCAAGAUGAGGAAGAAGAAGUAUGAGAUAUGAUCUUUCUUUCUCUCCUUGUCAUGGAGAUGAAUUGAGAAGAGAAGACACUGUGAAAAGAGAAAACAGAAAAGAAUGCGGUACAGCUUUAGUCAGUUCAUCCACCACCACCACCCUUGUUACAUCUUUUGAUUGAUUUCUUGAUUUAAUUGUAACUCCAAAAGAAAUGAAAAAUAGUUCACGGCCGAGGUUUUUGUGAUGUUUAGUUUAUAUCUUGUAAUGAUCUCCCUCCUCCCGCCCAUAUUAAACCAAUUACACUUAUAUAUGAAGAUAGAUUUAUAGAAAAUAUUUGUUUUUUUUCAUGCAAUUUGUAAAGAGAUUAAGAAGAAAAGAAAACAAAAGAGCUUUUAUUAAUUAUUACAGUACAUGUUUUUGAUUUG